AUGGGCUAUAAAAGCCUGGCCAUUGCCCCAGGCAGGACCUGCACACCAGGAAGCACUGGCAUGAGCCAGGCACCAGGAGCUGGGACAGGAAAGCUGAGGAUUUCCUCCAAGUUGGACCUGGAGCAUCCCUUGGGACCUCGUGCUCCCAUCGCCAGGUUCUACACAGCCCUGGUCACAGGGGACCUGAGGAGCCUGCAGCUCCUGACUGAGAGGUACCACCAAGAUGUCAACCUGGUCUUUGAGAUCAGUAAGAACCAGCUGGAGUGGCAGGUGAAAAGCCAAGCCUCCUAUGGACUCUCAGGGCUGUGGGCUCUGGAGGAGCGCCUGGAGCUGAGCUCCCCUCUGUGCCUGGCCGCCCGCCACGGCCACCCCGACUGCCUGCGGCACCUGCUGCGCCACGGGGCCGACCCCAACCUGGCCCCGGGGGGAGAGGCCCCCCUGCACCAGGCCUGCCUGGGGGCGCACAGCGACUGCGUGGAGCUGCUGCUGGAGUACAGGGCCCAGCCCAACCUGCUCAGCGAGCGCGGCACGGCCCCGCUGCACCUCUGCACCUCGCAGGACUCCCUGCGGUGUGCCAAGCUCCUGCUGCUGCACGGAGCGGCCGUGGAGCUGCCGAGCGAGGUGGGAGGUGACACUGCCCUGCACGUGGCCGCCAGGCACCGUCUCUGCCACCACGCCCGCCUCUACCUGCGACGCUGCGCCCACGUCGACGCCCGCAACGCGCGCCAGGAGACGGCGCUGGGCGUGCUCUGCGGGCAGGCCCCGGCCCAGGACGACCCUUCCCUGCAGCUUUUCCAGCUGCUGCUCAACCACGGCGCCGAUGUGGAGGCACGGGACGAGAGUUGGAGGCGGCCCCUGCACCGGGCCUGCGGGGUGGCCAACGCCGAGCUGGUGCGGCUGCUGCUGCGGCGCGGCGCCGACGCCAACGCCAUCGACUACGACGGCGUGUCCCCGCUGGGCUGGGCCCUGCAGGCCGCGGCCUCCCGCCCCGAGCUGCGGCCACACCGCACCGUGCAGCUGCUGCUCAACCACGGAUCCCAGAGGAUUUGGCCAUCGGCCUUCAGAAAGGUGCUGAGAUCCUGUGCAGCCGUGCCAGAGGUCAUCGAGGUGCUCUUCAACUCCUACUCCCAAAUCCCGGUGUCCCAGGAGUGGAGAGAGGCCGUGCCACAGGAGGUAUUCCAGCAGCACCAGGCAUUCUACGAGUCGCUGCUGGGGCUGGCGGGCACGGCGCGGAGCCUGCAGCACCUGUGCCGUGCCACCAUCCGGGCACACCUUGGGGACAAGUGCCACUGCCUCAUCCCCCUGCUGCCCCUGCCCAGGGGCCUGCAGGAAUUCCUGCUGCUGGAGCCCCAGGGAGUGGUGCUGUGA